CUUAGCCUCUGCUGCUGCCACUAAUUUUGCUCAAAGGCGCCUUUGCUUAGUCCCACCUUCAACCAAACAUCACACCUUUUUUUUGUAUCGUGAAGCGGCUCACCAGAUUCGCCCAUCAUGUCUGACAACAAGGAGAUCGAUUACUCCCUCAACAACCCGGACACCUUGACCAAGUACAAGACUGCUGGUCAAAUCUCCGAAAAGGUCCUCGCUGAGGUUUCCAAGCUUUGCGUUCCCGGCGCCAAGAUUGUCGAGAUCUGCCAACAGGGUGACAAGAUCCUCGAGGAGGAAAUCUCCAAGGUCUACAGAGGCAAGAAGAUCAAUAAGGGUUUCGCCCAUCCCACCACCGUCUCCCCCGCUUCCUAUGUCACUCCCUACACUCCUCUCACCACCGACGAGGCCGAGGCCAACAAGGAGAUCCAGCCCGGAGAGCCCAUCAAGAUCCAGCUCGGUGCUCAGAUCGAUGGCUUCGGUACUAUUGUCUGCGACACCAUCCUUGCCGGCUCCGACAAGGAGGUCACCGGCCGCCCUGCUGACCUGAUCCUCGCCACCCACUACGCCAACGAGAUCCUCCUCCGCCUCAUGGUUCCCCCUGGUCUCCUUGCCCAGGGCACCGAGGAGGAGAAGGCCAAGGCUGCUUCCAAGAAGGGCCCUACUCAGACCCAGAUCACCACUCUCCUUGAGAAGGUCUGCGAGGCCUACGACUGCCACCUCGUUGAGGGCACCACCUCGUGGCUCUUUGACCACAACGAGAUUGAGGGGUCCAAGAAGAUUGUCCUCGCCCCCAGCGAGGGUUCCAAGGGUGACGGUACCCCCGAGACCAGCGAGGUUUGGGGUGUCGAGAUGGGCGUCAGUCUGGGCUCUGGCAAGUGCAAGACUCUUGACGAGCGUGCCACUCUCCACCGUAGAACUCUCCAGACCUACGGCCUCAAGCGCCCUACUUCCCGCAAGAUCCUCUCUGAGGUUCAGAAGAAGUUUGGCACUUUCCCCUUCAGCUUGAGACAGCUCGAUGACGAGCGUGACGCCAAGUCUGGUGUUGUUGAGUGUGUUCGCGGUAACGUUUUCCGCCAGUACGAGCUCUGCGGCGACAAGGACGGCUCCCCCGUCGGUCGUCUCCUCACCACCAUUGCUAUCACCAAGAACGGUAUCACCAAGCUUGGUGGCCCCCCUGCCCUCGAUGUCUCCAAGUACAAGAGCGACAAGAAGAUUACUGAUGAGGAGCUCCUCAAGAUUCUUGAGCAGCCCCUUGCCAGAAACACUGGCAAGAAGAAGAGCAAGCCCAAGACCAAGAAGAAGAAGCCCGCCAAGCAGGCUGCCGCCGAAGAGUCUGAGGAAGACGAGGACUCUGAUGACGAGUAA